AAAGGGAGAGAAACGAGAAAAUCUCUUAACGUUAUUCCUUUGCGAUUUAUGCAGCUUGUUUGACGAUAACUUCUUGUAGGUUACUCUUGCGAUUCAUUCCUUUGCGUUAAUAAAUUUACUGAUUAUUAUUUUUUAUUUGUUGGAAAAUGACAGCUAAUGUUGGAGAGCAGGGCUUCCUCGCACGUCUGCGUGCAGGAGCCAAGCGACUUAUCGAAGCUUUGUGCCCGUGUUUGAAGAAACCGAAAACAGAUGAAACAGCACCAGAAGGCGACGUAGACGUUUCCUCCCUGAUAACAACAUCAGAGGAAUCCAAUCUGAACCAGUGUGCUACCACAGAUAUAGAGGAUGCAACUUCCGAGCAUUCUGAAUUAUCUGAUGAAACAUAUAUACGAUACCGUUCUGAUGAUUCUUCAGACGGUUGUGGCCAAGAAUGUUAUGAUGAUAUAUUUUCUGCAGCAGCGACUGUCCAUAGUCCUGGGAUGUUUGAACGAGAAUAUACUGACGAAUUCUUCUCUGCAGAGACCUGUUCUUAUGAACCUCAUCUUGGCAUCCUACCUUUCACCGGAACUCCUUUUUCCGAUGUCGAAGAAAUCCCCCGUGGUCCGUUUUACGAACCUCUUGUACUGACUGAUAUUUUCUUCGAAAAGGACUUGCAAUACGUUCAUCUCGCUGAAUUCUUCGUGUUUGCUUUGAAUGGUAACAUAACCAUGAAUGUUACCAUUUAUUUGAAUAUAGAUGAACAAUAGAAAUCAGAAAGCACAUAAGCACGAUGACAUUUGAACAGACAACAAAAAAUGCCAUAUCUCAAUAGACCAAAGAAUUUGAACAACAUCAUAUCGAUUCUGAGAAUACACCAACUCUAAACUA